CGAGCCAGCCAGGGUAAGUGGCGCGUGAGCCUUCAAGACCCCCAGUAGAAGCUGUGUGAUCCACGGAGACACAGUGACAGGAGCUUGCUCGCGCUACCAGCUAGCGUCCUGCACACCAUGAACGCAUCGCGCACUGCGAGCUUGUUUGUGCUUUUCUCCAGCCUCGAUUUCUCUCCUUCGAGGAUUGUGCCAGUGACAGUGAAAAGAUACUAUGCUAUAAGUGUUAUGGUACUAUAGCACCUGUAUAGACAUCGUGUUAUGAUGCACAGUAGCAGCAGAGAAACCACAGCAGAGUAGAGGAUUAGUAAGCAGUUAUUACACCUGCUUUUUAGUAGAAAGAGAAACCUUAGUGCUCUCCAGUCAUUAUAGAAACACUUCUAUUUGCUUUCGAUAGUGAAGUCGAAACACCAUAAAAAAGGAGUACCCUACGUCCAAAACACAGAACAAAGGUGGUGUAAACACUCGUGGGCCAAAAAAAAGAUCUCAGGAGUCACAGAGAAGAUCAGACCCGGAGGAAAAACACGCAAUAAGAAGCCUGAAGAAAUCUCAUCGGGGCAGGAAAGCCCUGGUUCUGAAUGCCUGAUUGGUCUAUAUCGGUUGAGUUUGAAGAGACUCAGGAGUGCAUCACCUGCACCGCUAACAUGGUUCUCCACGCUGUCAACGAGGACGACGAGAACCUUCGCGAGAAGGUUAUGAAGAAGAAGUAUUAUUGCAAGAACAACAAGAGGAAGAAGCAGCAACCCUUUUCUGACCUGGGUGUGUUCAAGUUCACCGACUAUGACUGCAUUGGUUUUGACCUCGACAACACCAUCUGCAGGUACAAAGUCGGGGAAAUCAUGAGACUCGAAUACAGCCUCAUUGCUGAUUACAUGGUCAACCGAUACGGUUACGAGCCCGAGCUACUCUUGCCCCUUGAUGAUGACAUCGACUUCCUGCACAAGGGAAUCAUCCUCGACAUCAAGCGAGGAAACUUUCUCAAGUGCUCAGACAGCGGACGCAUCAUUCGCGCGACCCAUGGUACGCGCCCUAUGACAAGGGACGAGAUUGUGGAGGUUUAUGGAAAGGACAGGAUUUGGGAACCAGUCAUUGAAUUCUCGAGGACUCUCUAUGAUCACCCAGUUAAUGGCGAGGUCCCGGUUCUUCGCUCCUUCAAGGAUUACUUCGACCUCCCUGCGGCCGUGGCUUGCGCAAGGGCCAUUGAUGCGCAGGACAACGCUGAAGGAGGUCCUUUUGAUGAGUACGAUAUUUGGCCUGAUGUCCACGUGGCCAUGUGCAACAUGUAUCGUCGGGAACAUUUCCGCAAUGACCUCGGCGGUUUCUUCCCUGAAUUAAAGACCAACCCAGAAAAAUACAUCUAUGAAGCCAGUGAGAGACUCAAGAAGUGGCUUCGGGCCAUCAAUGACCACACAUUCACCUUCCUCAUUUCCGGCUCAAGUAUUGACUACGCUUCCCACAUCGCGCGCUUUGUACUCGGGCCUGACUGGCGUGACUACUUCGAUACGGUGGUCUGCACGGCCAAGAAGCCCGGGUUCUUCACCGCCAAAAGGCCUUUCAAAUUCCUCAUUGGUCCCGAUGACGGCGACGAGGUGCCGCCCCACAAGCUCCGCAUCGACGAGACCUACUCUGGGGGCAACUGGGAAGACCUGCUGACGCUGGUCAAGCAAGAGAGUGGUGUCGAGAACCCCCACUGUCUCUACGUCGGAGAUCAUCUGGCGCAGGACGUCCUGACUCCUUCCCUUGUGGAUAUCGACACUGUCGCGAUCGUCGAAGAGUUGGCGGCCGAGGGGAUGAUCGGGGACUCCUUGGAGCAUGACGCAGGAAGCGACCUCAUGAGCAUGUACUGGGGAUCCUUCUUUACAACUGACGGCAACAGGGACGUCAUGGGAAUCGACAGGAUAAACACCCUUUAUGGCAGCGUCCCCGUCAGGCAUUCCCGCAUCGCCAUCCCGUCGCUGGAGGUCGUGGCAAGACACCCCAUUAGGCACCAGUAUGAAGCCUUCAGCCAGGACACAUCUGGCUUCUUCCCGGGAGAUCCUGUCAUCCUGCACUUCUAAGUCAAGCUGUGUUGUCAUCCACAUGAAGAAAAAUAGAGGAGAAAAAAAUAAUAACAAGGCGGGCCUCUUGUGAAACCAGAGCGAACCAUCAAGCUGCGUUUGGCAAGGUUCCAGUUGAUCGUUUAUGCAAUCGGAAGCUUUUCGUGAUGGCGGAUGGCAGAAUUAGUUAAUCGGUUCAAUCAUUUAGUCUUAAGUGAAUGUACUGUUGUAGUUUGGUUUUACUAUAAAUAGGAUUAGAGAAUGGGCUUCAUGUCAAAUCAAGACAGAAGAGAAAAUGGGUGACAAGGAAGACUUAUUAUUUUGCUUUGUUUCUUUAUAAUGGAGAAAGAUUGUAAUAACUCACUGGUAUCCAGAUUAUGAAAAAAACAAGACUUUAUGUAUGUCAUAUAGAUUUAUAUACAAGUACUUGUAGUAAAUGAUAAAUUUUACUUAUCAUGUAUUCUGUUUGUAAAAGCUUGGUUAUGUUAACCGCAACAGGGCUAGUAUAUAUUAUACUGGAUUCUUGUAUUUGACUAUCAUUGAAGUGCAGACAACAAACCCUUCGUCAAUACCCAAGUAAAAUGGAUAUUAGGCGCUGUUUAUACCCUGCAUUGCCCAUAUACAGUAUAAAUGUUGAUUACGUCUGCUUAGAGACCAGUUUCCUGAGUAGGUAUUUUAGAUAAAGCGCGUACUUCAGAUUUAUAAGUAGCAAAUGUAAUCUCAAAAUCAGAAUAGUUAUCUGCAUCAUUGGUGAAUUUUACCUCAUGCAACUGGUGUCAGCAAUUAUAAUAGCUGCAACUUUGGACUUGUUAGAAUAGACAGUGUAUUUCAUUUCUUGAUGCCUGAUCUCUUUUAACUCCAAAUAAGCUAAGUUGUUUCCGUUAAGGUGCAGUCACACGAAAUGUUCCUCCUACAAGAAAUAAUAGGAUCGUCCAUAUUGACAUGACUAUAGAAAUAAUUGAGUUAUGGAUGCUUUCUUGCAUGGAGAAACACGUGUACAACGUCACUUUUAGAUUAAGUUAUAAUGCUCGACAAAUGUACCGAGAGCAUGUUGAAAAGAUAACAGAGUGCUGUAUAUAUUUUCAACGAUAGACGACACUUCGUAACCCACGCUACGGAAGUUCCUCGAAGACCUGGUGAUCUUGAGUACUUCUCGGCGUUGGUCAUCUCCGUCUGUUUCUUCUGGAUCAGUUGCGUCUUCCUAACUCCUCGCGACCUGUCGCUUAGGCAGGCCCCCACGUCCGUCUGUGAUCUCUAUAUUUAAUAUUCCCGUACAGUGAUGUUUUAUAGUGUCACUCUGUCACGUCCAGUCACAAUGUCAGACCUUACUGCUCACUUUAUUACCUCAUGUCAUAAGAAUUACACAUUAUAGAAACUCAGUAGUGGCAAUUAUUGCAUUCUGUAAGACAUGUAUCCCUUUCAUCAUUAUUUUACAUUUUUGUAUUUCAUCUGUUUGUGUAUGUGAUGUUACCUCUAUAGGAUUAUGUUACAUUCUGUAAUUUUGGCUGCCAUAUUCUGCCAGCCUUAGUAUGUCAUAAUCUGCUUUAUGGUGUCACAGCCUGACAUGCUUCUUGAAGAGUUUCUAUUUUUAUACAAGUAAACUUAGGUUGGUA